AUGAGAUGUAAAGUGAAACUUAGUACUCUGGACAUUUUGAGAAAGCAGCAACGCAGCUGCCAUGAAGUUCUGGAGACUCUAAAAACCAUUGUCAAGGAAACAAUUUCUAGAUUAUUAACCAGGUCAGUAUUUUAUGUCUGUGAUCUGUGGGUGGCCAGGUAGCAGUUAGUAAAAUUAGUUAGGUAUUUGUUACAAAAAUGUGUGAUAUAUAUAUAUGAGGAGAGGGGGGUGGGUAGGUGGGUUUCUGCCUUUUAUUAAUUCCUUUGUUAGCUAGAUCACUGAAUAAUUGAGCAGUCCUUGCUUGCUCUCUGGCCAUGUCUGGGAAGAGCAAGAUGGCAGAAACAGUGUGGCAGAGGAGAGCAGCUGAAUACAGUGGCAAUGAAGGGGAAAACUGACUCAAAAAGGGGCCCCUGAAGGAGCCCCCCCCCCAAAAAAGAACUUUGAACCAGCUCUGUGUUCAGGGUUCCUGCCAACCAGUCUCCUCCACAAUACUGUUGGCAGUAAAAAGCUCAAGCAGGGGCUUUCCAGAAAUGUAUGGCUGUCCUCUGGAUAGUGGGUAACAUAGAACCUUGCAUGGUUGUGACCAAGAUUUAUUUUAAUGGGGGCAGGCUUUAUGUUAGGGAGGGCAGAACUGAGUUAUCUGUGACGCAACUGAUCAGUUAAUUAAGGAUUUUUUAUUUACUUACUUUAAGGGGGCAGCUGCCCCCCUGACCACACCCACGGAACCAUGGAGUCUGAUCCAGACCUCUAGAAUGUGGGGCUAUACUAGGAUACAUAGAUUACUUUAGAGAUGAUUGCAAGUGUGAACAUUAAUGAGCAGGAGGUGGGAGGAAAGGGAGAGAAAAAAAUGGUCUGCGAGUUAGUAGGCUAACUGCUUUUUUUUUCUUCCACAUCUUAAAGGUGAAAUUCUUGUUAAUGACCAUUUGUGGAAGCUGCUGCUUUUGCAAGUUUAAAGCUGAUUGUUUGCACUGAUUUCCCCUCCCUCCAUUAAUGUGCCACCUAUGCCAAAAUGACAGGCUCUUUAUUCAUGCUGCUUUUGAACACCUUCAGAAACGUGGGCUUAGCUAUUUGAACUAUUGCAAUUACUAGCAUGUCACCGGUUCGGCGGCCGACUGCGGCUAUGAAAGGUUGAAGGCUCGAACGUGAAACCUACUUUUAAAAAUGGCUCGUUUUUCAUCUGAAGUGGCUUUGGGGGAGGAGGGGACCUGGUCCCAGUUUGCUUAGUUAAAUCACAAUGACAGUUUGAUGUUGUGUUACAUGUCGGGGAAGAGACGUAGGUGGCUGUCUCUGCGUUCCACCAUACGGAGGCACAUUUAUAACAACAAGCUGUCAUGAUCCGCACACCUAGGGGAGUGGUGCCACCCUCUCUCGCUCCUUUCUAUAUGAGUCUUCGCCUGGGUUUGCUCACAGAGGCAGGGAUCUGCCUCCACUCUCUAUACGCCAGGAUAGGGAAACCUUUUUCAGUUCAGGGGCUGCGUUACCUUGUGGGUCACAUACUAGUGAUGGAUGGGGCCGGAGGUAGACUUAUGACAGACAUUUGUCCAGCUGCUAUUUUUCUUUUCUUCUCUGUACAAUUACUAAGCUCUGUUUUCCUUGUUUGGGUAUCUUUUGCUACCUGAAAUAUAAAAUCAUUUUAAAAAUGAAAUAAUUGCCUGCCCUUCACCAGCAAGUCCCAGGGGGGAUUGUGAUAAUCUGAAAAUCAGAAUUUAAAAGUUAAGAGUACAGUAACAGGAGUAGGGUGGGCCCUGAAAACAAGUGUCAGAAGAGGUCCCUUUGCUUGCCUGCACUGAAGAUAGAGAGAUGUAUGAAGGUGUAUGUUGAGACCCAUUUUUAGGGAAGAUUUUUAUGGGGCCCAGAGAAAUGGCGUAUGGCACAGUACACGAUUUGCCUGAAUCCUUAUAUCCCAGCUCCAUCACUGAGAUAAUCUGCAAGAGCAUCACUGAUCAUUUCUCGAGUUGGUGAGAUUCAGUUGACAACAACCAGAAACUGUGUCCUUAAGAGUCAUCAGUUCAGUAAUGUGGAAUACUCUGCAAACAGAGAUUCAGCACACACCUUCUGUUUUAACUUUUAAAUGCCUGCUGAAAACUUUUCUACUCCAUCAGGCCUAUGCAGGCAAUUAAGAGGGCAUCUUCCCACAAUGGUUAAUUGAUGUCUGUUUUAAAUUUUAAUCUGUUUCUACUGUAUGGUCUUUUACAUAUUUUUGUUGUAAACAACUUUGAUUUUUUAAAAAAUGAAAUAGCAGUCUAUUUCUGACAGCUCCACAAUGGAGGAAGGCCAACCUUGCUUACAAGACCAUCAGAAGGAGGUCCAAGGGGUUAUAGCCGAGUCUGCUGAAGACACCCAUUCAGAUGAAGGAGAUGGCUAUGAAACCCUAACUUCAUUUCAGCCAACCCAGGAGCAGACAGAACCCACUGAUAUCUCAGGUAAGGCCUGGACAGGUAACUAUGCAAGUCAGGGAUGAGGAAACAUCAGGUCCAGAGACCAAUUGUGACCCUCAUAGAAGCCAAUUCCUAGUGGUCAAUAAAAUAAAUGAGGGGGCCAGCCCCUCAAAAAAGUUGAUGGGCAAUGCCAUUCAAAUGGUGUGCGUGCACCGUGUCAAAUGAUUGAUUAUGUGGGGCAGGGCUUACCUGCCCCCCCCCCCGAUUUAUUCAAGUUAGCACCGCUGGUGUCCCUACAGACCACUCUGGACAUUGUGACCCUCCCCAGGCCACAUUCUUCCCCGAAAAAUCCCGAGAACUGUAGUCUUUUACUGGUGCUGAGAGUUGCUAGGAGACCCUUAUUCCUCUCACAGAGCUCUCACUAUUCCCAGAGUGGUUUAACAAUCAAUCCCUCUUUCCGAGGGACUCUGGAGUAGCCCUAUAAUGUUCUACUUUUAGUGCAAUAAAACUGUUGUCUAUGGAAAUGGUUUCAUAUUGGAGGAGUCAUCAAAUUAGGAGAAAGGUUUCUAUUAUGUCUGAAAACAGGACCCAUACCUAAGCAAUUUCCCAAGGAUCUAUCUGUCUGCGUACAGCUGCAUACACACUUUAGAGCACUUUAGAACAUAUUCCCCAAAAGGACUCAGUAAAUAUAUACAUUCUUUUAGGUGACGAAAGAGUCCAAAGUCCCAACUCUUCCAUGACAACUAAGGAACUCCAAGAAUACUGGCGGAAUGAGAAGCGCAAUUUCAGAGAAGUCAAGGUCCUUUUCGAAAUCCCGUCAGCCAGAAUUGUAGAGAAGCCCUUCUCUAAAUAUGUGGUAAGCAAAUGUAAGCCUGUACGGGUGAAAACAUUUGGAGACAUUUUGGCCAAACCACACCACUGUUCUACAUGUGAUGUCAUACGAUGUCAGGUGCGAGGCAUGGCUCAGCCAAAAGGGGUUUGGCAGGCACCACCAAUCCACCCUUUGCAAAGUAAUGCGCACACAGCUUUGUGUGAACCAACGAUCAGCUUGCAAAGUGCUCUGAAAAACCAUCACUCUGAAAAAUAGUGCUCUGCCGGGGGCUUCAGAAUGCCAUUGGAAAGCAUUCUGCAAUAUAACGCUCCCUGACCACCUGUCAAACAUGGCUUGCAAUGCAGGGGGGAGGAGAUAACGGUCUAGCAGCUCUAGCCCAUCAGCCAAAUCCAGUUUCCUACCUCAGGCUUCGACAAAUUCAUGGAGAAUCAGGUUAUCACCAGCUAAGAACCACCAUGGCUAUGUUGUACAUUAUACCUAAAUUGUCGGAGGCAGUAGGUCCCUGAGCACCAGUUGCUGGAAAUCCUAGUGCGCAGAGCGCUAUUGCAUUCAGGACUUCUUGCUGGCUUCCCACGGGGAUCUGGUUGGCCACUGAGAACAGGAUGCUAGACUAGAUGGGCCUUUUCCAAACAGGGAUAUUUAUGAUCAUUUCUGCAGAGUUCAGAAUCUGCACUGAAUGGGGCACCACAACUACCCCUCUUUGAGACUAUUUCAAAACGUGUUAAGGCAGCCCUACUAAGUUUGGGGGGCCCUCCUGCUCAUUCUGCUGAGUGGGGGCCUGGGCAUCUGCUCCAAAGUCCAUGUCCUGAUGGUGCUGCUGGCUUCAGUAGUGCCAGCCUUCUUCCUGAGCCACCAAAGCUUUUCUCAAUUGUUUUGUUUGUGUGUUGCCCACUAGACGUACCAGAUCCUCAUCAUUCAGACGGGCAGCUUUGACAGCAACAGAUCAGUGAUUGAGCGUCGGUAUUCAGAUUUCGAAAAGCUGCACAUGAAUCUUCUGAAGGAGUUUUAUGAUGAAAUGGAGGAUAUUACAUUUCCCAAGAAGUGUAUGACGGGGAACUUCACAGACGAAAUCAUCAUCGAGAGGAAGCUAGCCUUCCAAGAUUACUUGCGGCUUCUGUAUUCCAUGGAAUACACUCGGACAUCUAGAAUAUUUAUUGACUUCUUAGUGAGACCGGAACUGGAGGAGGCCUAUAGUUGCCUCCGGGGAGGACAGUUUACCAAAGCUUUGGAGGUACUUCUGGGGGUUAUAGCUCUGCAAGAGAAACUUGUCAAGCAUCGGCCCACCCUAUUGGUCCCAACUCUCUGUGCCAUAGUCGUCUGUCACAAAGAUCUGGAAAACUCCAGAGGUGCCUACGAAUUUGGAGAGAAAGCUUUGCUACGCCUUGAGAAGCAUCCUGGUCACAGGUACUACAUGCCCCUGCUGGAAACAAUGAUUUCCUUAGCAUACGAACUUGGCAAGGACUUUCUAUACUUCCAAGAGAAGAUGGAGGAAAGGAAGGCCAAAAAACGGCUAACUAAAAUGGUGUCCCUAAAAGAACUUGCAGUUCAAGAGUACAUAGACUGA